GAUCUGCGGAUCACCGAUCUACAGAAAGAGACGAAGAUGUCGGCUCGGUCAUGUGAUCAGCUGUGUCCAAUCACAGCUGAUCACUGAUCAUCAGAGCACUGAUGAUCAGUGUGCCCUGAUGAUCAAUGUAGCCCCAGCAGUGCCAUCUGUCAGUGUCCAUCAGUGCCAGCUGUAAGUGCUCAUCAGUGCCAUGUGCCAGUGCCCAUCAUCAAUGCCACAUAUCAGUGCCCUACCAGUGCACAUCAAUGCCACAUAUCAGUGCCCAUCUGAGCUGCCUUUCAGUGUCACCCAUCAGUACCAGUCAGUGCUGCCUAUCAGUGCAGUCAGUGCCACACCUAAUAGUGCCAGUCAGUGCUGCCUAUCAGUG